AUUCCCAAAUUGCCCCUGUGGAGAAUCUCUAGUGCAAGGAAUCUGUGCGAGCACUUGCGAAGGAUCUUGGAUAUUGAAAACAGGGGACUUUAAAGUUGCCUGUGCCAGUAUACUUGGGUUAUUCAGUUCUCCCCUUCACAUGCUCUUUGGAGGCACUGCUUUUUAUGGUAAUAAGUUAUUCCCUUCGUGUUCACGGUUUCACUGACCGGCCUCAAAAUGUUGCAAGGGCGGUUGGAGUGAAAAAGAUGCGAGAAACUGAAUGCCAAAGGUCAGGGAGGAUCACUAUCUACAAAGUUGGGGAAUAUGAGUAAUGGAUGUUUGGGGGGAAUCCUACUGCCAAAGGCUGGGGAGAAUCACAAUCAAGAAGUUGUGAAAAGACAGCGGUGAAUGUUUGGGGAGGUUCAACAUCAGGAGGUUUAAGUUGGGGAAUCUGCAGAGCAGAAAAGUAUCCAUGGAAGACCUGGCGCAGUGCUGAAAAGUACUUAAUUGCCUUCUUGAUCUCAGCCCUAUUUUCUUCUUCACGUCCAUGACUAUAAAGUUGAUUUUGUGUUAGUGGGCAAAAGCAUAGAAGGAAUUUAGAAUAAUGGAGAGGAUUGGAG